UUGGCAAGAUGGCGUCGGAACCGAACAAGACAGAAAUUCUCACCAUUUUUAAGCGAUUGCGCUCCAUUCCCACAAACAAGGCUUGCUUUGACUGUGCUGCUAAGAAUCCAAGUUGGGCUAGUAUUUCAUAUGGAGUGUUUCUGUGCAUUGACUGUUCUGGGAUUCAUCGCUCAUUGGGAGUGCACUUAAGCUUCAUCAGAUCCACAGAACUGGAUUCCAACUGGAGCUGGUUUCAACUGAGAUGUAUGCAGGUCGGAGGAAAUGCCAAUGCGAUGGCGUUUUUCCGCCAGCAUGGCUGUACCACCAAUGACACCAAUGCGAAAUAUAACAGCCGCGCGGCUCAGAUGUACAGAGAGAAAAUUCGGCAGCUCGCCAACACUGCGCUCUCCAAAUACGGCACUGAUCUGUGGAUUGACAGCUCGGGCUGUGCUCAACCGUCACCUUCAGAGAAGAAAGAAACCGACUUUUUCGACGAACACACACAGUCUGUCACCAGCUGGGACAUGGCAGUGCCAUCCCUAACAGAUCAGAACGGAUCCGAAACAAUCACAGCUCAAUUGGAGAACAGUUCUAAGAGUUUGGAGACAGCCAGCACCCAGCCUGAAGAUGGUCCGAGCAUUGAGGGUCUGAGCACAAGUCCUAAAGCCACGAUAGAAAACUCAAUGAGAUUGACAUCUGAUGAGUCACAACCUAAAGAAGUGAAGCCCUCCAUCAUUGGAAAGAAAAAGCCAACUACAGCAAAGAAAGGGCUUGGAGCUAAAAAGGGUCUUGGCGCCCAGAAAGUGAGCAGCAAGAGCUUCAGUGAUGUUGAGAAACAGGCCCAGGUGGCUGAGAAGAUGCGUGAGGAACAGGCUGCCGAGGCCAAGAAACACGCGGAGGAGUCUAUAGUGGCCUCAAUGAGACUGGCCUACAAAGAGCUGGAGAUUGACAGAAAGAUUGAAGAGAAGAAACUGAAAAGCCUGGAGGGGAAAAAGAAAGAGCAGGCGGAGAGGCUGGGCAUGGGAUUCGGCAACAGGAGUGCCGUGUCUCACUCUGUGAUGGCUGAGAUGCAGGUGAUCGAGCAGGAAACCCCUGUCGGGGUCAAAUCCUCAACCCGCACCAAGUUGGACAUGUUCGAUGAGCCCGGAUUUACCUCUGGACCCCCAAAGUACAAAGACAACCCUUUCACUUCAGGAGAGAGCUUUGGGUCACGAUGGGACAGUGACGCUGGAUCAUCUUUCUCCUCUUGGGCUCUGGAGAAGGAUGAGCCUAAAGAUAGUGAGGUCACCAUCUCAAGCAUCCAGCCAAUCGGAGAAAGAUUGCCUAGCCGAAGGAAGCCAGAUGUGUCCGUGCCGGUGUCCGAGUCCAGCGAAGCACGACAGAAGUUUUCCAACGCUAAAGCGAUCUCAUCGGAUAUGUUCUUCGGCCGCGAAAGCAACCCAGAGUAUGAGGCGAAGACUCGUCUGGAGGGCAUGUCUGGAAGCACCUCCAUCAGCUCAGCUGAUCUGUUUGGUGAAGGCAGUGUCCGUUCCCAUGGCUCAGCAGGAUUUGACAGCGUGCUUCCCUCCGGUCCAGAUAUUGCCCAGUUCAAACAAGGUGUGAAGACCGUCGCAGGAAAGAUGGCAGUGUUGGCUAACGGGGUUAUGAACACCAUUCAGGAUCGCUAUGGCUCUUACUGACAGAACUGCAUUAGACUGAUAUGGACGUUGCAUCAAACAGGAAACACCUCAUUGCUGAUUGGAUCUUGUCUUGUCUGUCAUGAAUACAUCAAUUUAAGAGGAAGACAAAGACCUGAGAGCCUCUCUCCUGACCACUGUACACACUCUUGCUGACAGUAUUUUAAUGUUUAUUUUGAAGACUUGUUUUAUUUUGAAUGAACAGAAGCACUGGGAAAGAGUGUAAAGUCUAGAGUCGCAGUGCUCUGUGUUUUAACCAACAACAGUCCUGUUUUCUACGCCAUAUUUGGUCUUUGAUUUCAAAGUAUUUUUUCUGGAAUUAAAUGUAUAACUUGCAUUUGUUAGCUCUAAUGUGGUCUCAUGGCUUUUCUUUUGUAUUUUAAUAAUAUAACAUUGAGACGGCAAAGUAGACAUUUUUAACAUUCAACACCAUUUCACAUUGUCACCGUGACAAAGUUUGGGGUUGCUGAUAUAGCGCUCCUUUGCCUAAGAUGACUUGACAUCUAAAUUAAAAUUUUAAGUGAUGUUAAAAAUAAACGUAAUAUUGUGCAAUAUGUCCUGGCAUGAUAAAAGCGAGUUCUUGUUGAUGCAGUGUGUGAACGCUAGCUGGAGAUUUAUCAUCGUUGUUUUCUGGAGUGACAAGUUUACUGUGUUUGCUUUUUGCAUGCCAGCACAGAGAGAAGACACUGGUGUGCUGUAUGUCGAGUUAUUCCCAGUAUUCACUCACUUUCGUAUUUACAGAUAAGUUUAUGUAAAAUCCUCAUGAAGCAGAAACCAAACCGACUUUAGGUGUAAUUUCUGUGGCGCUAAAUGAAUUAUUGGUUCAACCAAUAGUGUGUUUUGGGGCGGGGGUACCCAGACAGCAGGCGACCCCCGGGCUGAAUCAUCUGGUUUCUGGGUUCCUGCUUUAUCAAUGAAUGGAAACUAGUUAAUACUAGUGCUGGCAUUACACGCGUCACUCAAUUGGUAGUACGAUUAAUUUAAUACAAUGACAGCUGACGACCAUUUUUAUUUAAAAUUGACCAGUUUUAGUGAAGUACUUUGUUCUUUGGCAAUGUGCAUGUGCAAUACUGUUUCCUAGUACAUGCAUUACAAUUUGUACUUUUUGUUUUCCUUGAGGGUUAUACCACAUGGGGCAUCGGGUAUAGGAUUUGUUUUGAACUCUUCAUAGAUUGUCUGCCUGUCCAUUUGUAUCCCAAUGCUAAAUUUGACAAUAAAGACAAAAAAUCUGACAACU